AUGGAUCUCCAAGAACAAUUUAGAGACCUUAGCCUUGCAUGCGAGGUUACUCCUAACAGUGUGAGAUUAGGGACUUUGAGGAUCACCAGUGAGUUACUAGGAGAUAUUAGGGAAGGCCAGAAGACUGAUCCUUUUCUAAGGACUCAGUUAGAAGCCAUAGAGUCAGGAAGGGAGAGUAGUUUCAAUGUUGGAUCGGAUGGAGUCUUAAGACUUCAAGAUAGGAUUUGUGUUCCCAAUGCGCCCGAACUUAGGAAGAUGAUCCUAGAGGAAGGACAUAGGAGUAAUCUGAGUAUCCAUCCUGGUUCUACCAAAAUGUAUCAGGAUUUAAAGAUGAUGUUUUGGUGGCCCAACAUGAAGAGAGAGGUUAGUGAGUUUGUGUAUGCAUGUUUAGUCUGUCAGAAGGCUAAGAUAGAAACAUCAGAGGCCUUCAGGGAAGUUACAACCCUUGGAGAUACCCCAGUGGAAGUGGGAUAG